GGAGGCUUAUGCGGGAUUUCAAGUGAUUGCAAGAGGACCCACCUGUGCGUGUCAGUGGCGCACCAUCUGAAAACAACAUCAUGCACUGGAAUGCAGUUAUAUUUGGACCAGAAGGGACAUCCUUUGAAGAUGGUACUUUUAAACCAGUAAUAGAAUUUUCUGAGGAGUAUCCAAAUAUACUGCCAGCUGUUAGGUUUUUAUCCAAAAUGUUUCAUCCGAAUGUGUAUGCUGAUGGUAGCAUAUGUUUAGAUAUCCUUCAGGAUCAGUGGAGUCCAAUAUAUGAAGUAGCUUCUCUCUUAACAUCAAUUCAGUCCCUGCUGGAUGAACCGAAUCCAAAUAGUCCAGCCAAUAGCCAGGCAGCACAGCUUUAUCAGGAAAACAAACGAGGAUAUGAGAAAAGAGUUUCGGCCAUUAUUGAACAAAGCUGGAAUGAUUCAUAAUACACAACUGGUCUGUUAAUCUUUUUCAUCACUGUUGUGUAUAAUUUACCUCGCAGUAGAAAGGCUAACAAAUUUUAAGUGCCACAGGUUUUA